AUGGCGCCGGACCAGCACUGCGUCUUCUUCGUGUGCCGUGUUCUCAAUGACGGGAAUGCGAAGCGUGUCGUGGUAGCCAAGAUUGCCAGCCUUUUCAAAGCCCUUACCAAAGCCCUUGAUCUGCUCAAUGUUGUUGAUGCGGAACUCACGCACGUCUUCCGCACCACCGGGACCGCCGCCCGCCUCGAGGAUCAAAGUCACGAGGACGGCCCAAUGGCUGUGCGUGUGAAUGCAGCAACCAGCACGACGCUUGGUGAAGGCGGCCAGGAAUAA